AUGCAAUAUUCACUCCUUUUCCUCGCCGCCGCCGGUGCCUUCGCCCCAGCCUUCGCCGCCCCUGUUGGCGACCUCGGCGGAAUCACCAACGCCGUCGGCAACAUCGGUAGCAGCGUCGGCGGCCCCAGCGUCAACCGCGUCGCUGGACUCACGCAAGUUAUUCCAAAGCAAGAUUUCCACGAUGACGAUACCGAAAUCCCUGAACAGAUCGAAGAACUUGAGUUCAUCGAAGAUGUUAUUCCCGAAGCCGGAGAGGAUGUCUCGGCCCAAAAGAAGCGCCAAUUGGGCGGGUUGGGUGGUCUCGGUGCCGUUACAGAUCUCCUAGGCGGCGUUACUGGUGGCCUCGGUGGUGGCAAGGUCGGCCGUCGUGCUGAGAAAGAAGCCCUCGACGGAGGAGCAGCUGGCGCUGUCAAGGGUGUCAAGGAUAAGAUGCCUGCUGGAGUAGCGGCUGACCCUGUCAAAGAUGUUAAGGAUAAGAUGGCCAAGGGCCCAGUUGCCGGCCUUGCAAAUGGUUUGGCCGGGAUUGGAGGAGCAAGGGAAACUGUCGCCAGCCUUACUGAAAAGUUGCCUGUGCGUGAUGUCUCAGAGUAA